AGAGGUUGCUAAUGCUUUAAACUCAUAUGAUGUUUGUAUGCUAGCAAAAUGCAAAUGAUAACUCCCACUAGCCACCUGCCUGUUUCUCAUUGCUCUCUAUGUUACAACAGAUAGCUUUAGAAAAGCAGUUUCAUCAGCAGCACUGUUUUUAAGCAACAAAUCCUUUAUAUUUAUCACCUGGAAAACAAAUAUUUUUUUUCGCAAGACAGAGAAACGCUCAACAAAAACUCAUGUCUGACAUAUUCUGUUGUAGGGGGGAAAUGUGUGUGUGCUAUCAGGAUGAUUGUGCUGUUUGAUCCAGCUCAUUAGUUAUGCAGCAGACAUUGUCUUUUUCUCUUGUUAAAAUAGUGUGCAUUGACCAACCUUUACUAUCUUGACAAAUUGACUUCUUGCUUGUUGUUUUAUUAUUCAAAUACCCCACCUAAGUAGCUUGUUUUGGACUUGGCUUAUGCUUUUUUUUCUAUGCUUACUGUCUAUUCUGUAUUGGAUCUGCAGCUGGCACUAUACAAAAUAAAAGGGGGCAGUAUUUCACAAGACAACAUUUAGUCAUUGUGUGCAAGCACACAGUAUGGCUGCUUUAUAUGUGUAGGGAGUAAAGAUUCUGAAUGUAGUGUGAAGGUUGUGGGUGUGCGACUGGAUAAUGGCUUAUAGUUAUUCCAAUAAUGGUGCUGACUGCAUUGUAUUCCAGGAAUGAGCUGAAUAUGACUGAGCAGCAGUGAGAGGUACAUUGAGACCUGAGUAAAUGUGAGAAUUACUGGAUAUACAGAGUCAGACAGAAGCAUUUUGGAUGCACUGAUGGGAGUGAAAAGACAGAUUUUCUCUACAUUAAAAAGCUUUAUUCGGAUAGGGCACUUGUCGCAGCAUGAUUGAUGAAGGUCAGUGGGUCAUCUUGGACAAUUUCCAAGAUGUGGACACAUCAGGAGUCAAUGACUGUACAACCUUCAAAAGCGAUGGAAAGAGACUGGGGGCGGCUGAAAGAUAAAAGAGCUUUGUUUUGUCAAGGUUGAGCUGGAGAUGAAAAGCCGUAGAGCCAGACUGAGAUCUGUUAAAGACAAUGAACAGAAUCAAAAUGAAAAUCCAGGGCACUUUAAACUUUAAAAUAGAGAACGGUCAAGGCAUUAAUGACUAGGCCUGCUGCCAAAUAGAGUGAAUGCUAGAAUAGUUAUUUUGCAGAGGACAGUUUCAAAGACUAUAUGCUGUAUAUAAAAUGUUCAGAAGAUUUUAUGUUUGAAAUACGUCUUUAUGCAAACCACUAGAUAUAUCUUUUGUCAUUCGUAUUUGAAAAUGAAAUGGAGAUUGAAAUGCUCACAAGCUUUGAAAAGAGUAAUGGGUGAUUUCAUGCAUUAAAUUGGUGAAGGGUGCAUUAGACAGAUCAAAAGUGACAGUAAACAUUUUGAAUUUGAGGGUUUUUUAUAUUUUUACAUAUAGCCAUUUAGCAGAUGCUUUUAUCCAAAGCAGCUUACAAAUGAGGACAAUGGAAGCAAUCAACAAAAGAGCAACGAUAUUAUUUUUAAUUUAUGAGAUUUUAGUUUAAAAUAAAUGCUGCUGUUGAUGGCAAAGCAGCAGCCAUCAACCCAGUCUUCAGUGUCACACGAUUCUUCAGAAGUUAUUUUAAUAUGCUGAUUUGGUGAUCAGUUGCUAAUAAUAAUGAUUAUUAUUGUCAUCAACAUUUGAAAAACAGUUGAACAGAAAAACAAACUGCUUUGCCACUUAAUAUUCUUGUCAAAAUCAUAAUACAUGAUUUUCAGUAUUAUUUAAAAGAAUAAUAAUAUAAAUAAUAUAAAUUGUAAAAGAACAGCUUUCAUUUGAAACAGAUAUUUCUUAAAUGAAAAGGUAUUUUAAAUCUAAAAUUCUAAAUGUCUAUGAUCUGUCAAAGACAUUUGAACAACCUGUCACGUUUGAUCAAUUUAUUGCAUCCUUUAUCAAUUUAAUGCAUCAAAUUAUCCAUUACACAUUUCAAAUGAGCAUCUCAAUCCCAAUAUAAUUUUCAAAUAUCAAUAGAUAGAGUGGUUAAAGCAAACAAAAACAUCACUUCCAUCUGUUAUGACUGUUUCAAAAGUUCGCCAGGUAAAAACUGAACUGAUGCUGUGGAGAUUAAAAUUUUAUGGAUUUCUAUUAAAUAUAUAUAUAUCCUCCAGGAAUAAAUUGUUAAAGCAACCGUGUGUGGAUCUCUUAGAGAUGACAAGCUGUUGUUCCAGUGAUUUUCAAUCCAGGAAUUGUGCUGCAGAACACUGACCUUGAAAACAUCAGUGGUGGCCUUUACAUGGAUCCUGUUCUGUCUAAGCCUCUUCCAGACUGAAUGCCAUGGCCACAGGGCUUUUGGGGAUUUGUGCCACCUCCACAAAAGCAAACGCAGUAGUAUGAUAAGACAUGGCUGCUCUCAACUAGAUGUGGGCGUCACGUCUGACAGGAGGGUAUAAGUGUCCACAUAAACUGAGCUGAAAGGAUUUUGUCUCAGCGAAACUCCAGCAGGUAGGACUGACAUGAACUAUAUAUUAGUAUUUUAGCAAUUAUAUUGAUAUUAGCAUGAACUGUAUAUUAGUAAUUUGUCUUCAGUUUCAAUGUGUUUGAUAGUUGCUUUUCCUAAACCAAAUUUAAAUUGAUUCAUCUUAGUUGCUCAAUUAAUAAUAAAUUAGCCAGCUGUUUGUUUAUGUCCAGGCUUUGUGAGUUAGAUUGUACUUUCAAUAGUGAUUUUCUUUAUAUUAAAAAAAUUUAAUAAUUAAAAAUAAUAAUUAAGUAGUAAAGCUCAAGAUGGAAACAAAAUGCAACGCUAAUAAUUUAUCCACUGCAGUACCUCUAUUAGAUUAGCUGCACACUUUCGCAUUGAUUCCCAGAUGAGGAUGCGCUUCGUUGUUAUGGUGAUUCUGUUGCCGGCGCUAAUGAUGUCAGGAUCGGAAUGCAGGUCCAGCUGUCGGCUCACCAAUAUCUCCAUCACCGUGGAAAGUGAGGAAUGUGGCAGCUGCAUCACAAUUGACACCACUGCCUGUGCCGGGCUUUGCAAAACACAGGAAAGUGUUUACCGUAGCCCACUGAUGCUGUCUUACCAGAACACCUGUAACUUCAGAGAAUGGACGUACGAGACCUAUGAGUUCAAAGGCUGCCCUGCCAGGGCUGACUCCAUUUUCACUUACCCAGUGGCCCUCAGCUGUGAAUGCAGCAAGUGUAACUCUGACAUCACAGACUGUGGAGUCCUCAGCCAGCAGACACUCGGCUGCAAUGCACAUUAGACAAGGAAACUAAACACCCCAUCUGCAACUUUGAAAGCCUUUUGUACAGUUCUGAAUAUUUCAUAAUACUAUGUAAAUUGCAUAAUGGAAUGAAACAAAAUAUAUAACAUUUUAAUAUUAUUUGCAAGCAUCAAUAAAUAUAACAUACUGCAAGAACCCAUUGAAGGCUAAAUCUAAUGAAUUUUUA